AUGGUAAUCAUUAAUAACUUAACAUUCAAUCAGGAUUACUCGUGUGUUUCGGUAUCCACCACGAAGUAUCACAAGAUAUUCAAUUGUGAUCCAUUUGGAGAAUUCUAUUCUUCUUAUCAAGGUUCAUCGGGUACAAAAGGCGAUAAGCCAAAUGAUAAUGACAAAGAAAUUAUUAUUGACAAAGGCAAUGGUAAUGAAUACAAUAAGAUAGGAGAAGAUUCUCCGACGCUGUAUUUGAAAAUGUUGUUUUCAACUUCACUUACUAUUAUCAUUCCCCAGAAUGAAUCUGUGGGGAACAGGCUAUUAAAAAUAUAUAAUUUGAAGCAAAAUAUGAAGAUAUGUGAAUUGACCUUCCCGUCGCAUAUAAUAGAUGUUAAAUUGAAUAGGAAGCGUCUCUGUGUUAUAUUAGAGAGUGGACAGAUAUACAUCUAUGAUUUGAGCUGUGUGAGGUUAAUUAAAGUCUUGGAAAUCAGUUCGUUUUCCUCUAAGGACAGUGAGGAGGAAACCCACCAGAAGCUAUUCGUUGGAGACCUCGGGGCAGAGGACAAGUCAUUGCUUGUGUUACCAAUUUCAAAUAUAACGGAUCAAACGGACUUAUUCAAUACCGAAAAUGGUGUAAAUGUGACGAGGGCUAGCGAUUCAAAUAUUCUUACGUCUCUCAAGCCACUCAUUGAAUUUACAGAGAACAAGAUUGAUAAAGACAUCAUUACUCUAGAAGACUUACAGAAGGACUCGAAUGGGUGGGUAUUGAUAUAUGAUACCAUUAAGCUCAAGCCCAGGUUGAUCUACAAGGCCCACGAUUCAUCUCUCGCCAAAAUCACAAUUUCCAACGAUAACAAGAAGAUAGCCACCGCAUCUUCAAAAGGGACCAUUAUAAGAGUCUGUCACUUAGAGUCAUCGGAUGACGAGGACGUAUCUAAGCCGUUCAAUAUUUCGCAGAUAAUUAACUUGAGACGGGGCCACAACAUAGCCAAGGUCAAUUGCUUGAGUUUCAGUCUCGACAACCUGAUAUUGGGAUGCGGAUCCGAGUCCAACACAAUUCAUUUCUUCAGGCUCCUGAAGCAACCGCAUGAAAGCUUCGAGUAUGAAGAGGACCCCGCUAACGAGAGCGACCCCGACGACGAAGACAGGUCGUCGGAGGACCUCAACCAGAACUUGGCCAACUUGCUCAUCUCCAAGACCCCCGACGCAUCGGCCCCCGACCAAAAAGACCUGGCCAAGUCGUCGUAUUUCGGUGUCCUAAAGAAAAAGGUCGAGGGCUCGUCCAGGUUCAUGAACAACCCCUACACCCAGACUAUCGUCAGGAACUUACCCUACAAAAACUACUUCGAAAACCUCAUCUGGGAGCCCCCCAGAAGGGCCUUCGCCUACGUCAAGCUACCAGAAUACACCCCUCCCCAAUUGUUCAAUCUCCACCAGUCCAAAAACAAAGUGGCCAUUGGUUUUGCUAAUACUAACAACAAUGGCCACUUGAUAAUGCUUGCAUCUUAUCAAACGGGCCAAUUCUACCAUUACCAGCUCCCAAAGCCCUCUGAUCAGCCGGAGCCAUCCGACCUGCGUCAUGAAUGCAACCUAAUCGCUCAGUACAGCCUAUUGUGA